GUGGAGUGAAUGGCGUCACGAGGCACAACUCACGGAGAUAUGUGCAGAACCAAUACCCACCGGCACCAGUUCUUAUCAUUAUCAAACCUUUUUAUUUUUUUAUUUUUGGGAUUCUAUUUAUAUUUUCUCAAUUGCUAUCGAUUAUUUUUUUUUAAAUUAUUAUUAUCGAUUUUGGCAGCCAACUUCUCCCACUCCUUAACCAUUGUGACCCGCUUUCUCACGUCCAUCAUUCAUUUCAUCCGUUUCUUUUAUUCUUUCAUUCAUCUUAAAUCAUCAGAUGUUGCGUUUCUGUACGUUUCAACAAACCCACCACCACCUUCUGAAAACUCUCAAUCGCAAUUAAUUGCCUCCUCUCGAUUCCUUGUUUUUUUGCAGGUUUCUUAACUGUUGUUCUUAUAAAAAUUAAAUACUUGUAACGGUUAAGCAUUAGAAAAGAUGUUGGGAGGCAACAAUGAGACCCCUUUACCGCAGGAUAGCCAGUUUCAGUACCAAACAAACUCUUCAUUGAAUCAGCUUCACUUGCUUGGAACCAUGAGAGCUGGUUGCACUAUUGAUCCUAUAAACUACUUUGCUAACGAUAACCUUGCUACAAUGUCUCGGAAUAAUAGCAAACGCGCUAGGGAGACCGAGACCAACCAUAGUAUCCAGAGACAGCAGAAGCUACAGAGCUCUUUGAACUAUAACUACAACAACAAUAGUGUUGCUCAAGAUGAAGCCCCAAAGCAGAACUUAGUGUCCACUGGUCUGAGACUAUCUUAUGACAAUGAUGAGAGAAACUCUUGUGCAAAUGGAAGCAUCACAACUCCAAUGUUUCAGUCACUCGGUGACAGUAUCAGAUUGGACUUGGAUAGACAGAAAGAAGAUCUUGAUCAGUUUCUCAAAUUCCAGGGGAACCAACUGGCGAAAGGUGUGAGAGAUAUAAAACAGAGACAUGUCACGUCCUUUGUCACGGCCUUAGAGAAGGAUGUGAGAAAGAAGCUUCAAGAGAAAGACCAGGAGAUUGAAAACAUGAACAAGAAGAACCGGGAACUCGUGGAGAAGAUAAAACAAGUGGCGGUGGAAUCUCAGAACUGGCAUUACAGGGCGAAGUACAAUGAAUCUGUGGUUAAUGCCUUAAAGGUAAACCUGCAACAAGUGAUGUCACAUGGAAACAACACCAAUCCAUGUGGUGUAUUUGCAGUGGAAGAAGGGUACGGGGAUAGCGAGAUUGAUGAUAAGGCAGCUUCAUACAACUACAUGAACAUCCCGGGGAUGCCAAACACUGGGAUGAGAUGCAAGUCGUGUAACGUAAAGGAGGUUUCUGUCUUGCUUGUACCGUGUAGGCAUUUGAGUUUGUGUAAAGACUGUGAUGUGUUCACUGGCUUUUGUCCUGUUUGUCAGUCUUUCAAAACUUCUAGCGUUCAAGUCUUUUUCUCAUGAGUAAAAUCCAUGAAAUAGAGUCAGUCUUCAUACUCUUGAAAUGUUGAUUAUGGAAAAAAGAUGAUCAUAUUUGUAUGUGAUGUUGAUGAUGAUAAGUUAAUUUUGGAGAAAGCUGAAAACUUUGCUCCAGUCUUUUGCCU